AUGGACUUUAUUACUCUAUAUAUUGAGUCGCAGGCAUCCUUGACCCAAGAUGAUCCUGAAUGCGCAAGGCUAUACUGGGCUUCGACAUACCUGGAUAGAAUUAAUUUGGACCGAGUCGACACCAAUCCUGAUAAUGAUCUUUCGUACGAUGGAACAAUGAAGGCGGCUCGAGGAAGAUAUCCUCACGUUCUCCCUUUAUUUGCUUUGUGGGAAUAUAUUUCCGAAGAAUGGGUUCUAGAUUCCUGGACCAAGCCAAAUGGCGGACAGCAAACCGUUGCCGAUGAAUUGAAACAGAAGAAGGAAACACUCUAUUCCUCCGUUGUUCGUAUGAAUACAGCUUAUGGCAGGUAUCCUGACCAUAUUCAUCCCAGCUCAAGGGGAGUUCAUUACACGUCGAAGCAUAAACCUUGGGUACAAAACUGGCAAGCGAGGGAUUCGAAGAGAUAUGAUCAUGGGAAGAAGUCUAGGGCCUGGUAUGACUGGAACUUGCCCCAGAAUCACCCACGGCAUAUUUUAAGCUUUCCAGCGGAUAUUCUUGACCGGGUUAUGGAAUUCGUAAUGGUAGCUUCAGAGGACACCAUUGUACCAUUUACAAUUACCUCUAGUUUGAUGCCAUGUCAUGGACAGCCUGAUUACAUGUUGUUCCCUUCCCGAAGUCAUGGCAAGAGUCUGAUCAAGAAUCGUUUAUGUAAUGCAAGAUACGGAUUGCAUCCGAUGUGCUACAACAAGAGAGGGCCUUGUCGCAAAUGGGGAAAGAAUAACUCUCCUGUUCUCGAUAUUUCCUAUUUAAAAGUGUGUAAAUCGUUUAAAUACAUUGGAUCAAAGUUAUUGUACGGACAAAACACUUUGGAGUUUGCGACAGGAAACUUAAAUUGUGGUGACAGUCCAGCUGGUUUGAUUGCAGAAAGAGGUAUAAAGUAUUAUCCAUGGCUCCGUCAGCCAAUCUAUGAUCCAGGGAACACGAGGGGAUGGAAACGAUCCGUCAACAGGGCUAUUUCCUGCAUUAAAACCCAAUCCAAUUUAAAAGAACUUCCAGCAUGGGCAUGGUGUGACCCAUUUGUCAGAUUUCUUUUAACAAUCGGACCUGAUAACUCAGCUGAACUUCAAAGAUUGAAUUUCAGCGGACAAGUCAAAUCACAUAGUUCGAUUAGAUAUCCUGACUGUCACGAAGAUUUGGUUCAGAGUAUGCGAAUAUACACUUACAUCAUCAAUAUUUUAUGCCCCAAGGUAUGGAAAGUCACCCUAGUAGCCUGGGGGGAAGAUGACAUACUUAUUGAUGAGAAAGAUGGAAAAUGUCUUACUGUCUUUGAAAAGUCUCUUACGAUGUUCCUGGAGACUGAAUUUAGGGAUUUAAGGUAUGUAAAAGAGGUCGCUGUCUAUGGAACAAGUGAUAUGUCCGAAGCACAUGAGGGAAACUGUUCUUAUAACAGUUGUCAGGGUAGGAUGCAUUCGUUCUGCGAUCCUAUCGUCACUGGAAGAGGUACACUUGCUUUUGCAAAGCCUACCAUGGACUGGUUUGUCAAACGGGCGAGAUUUUUGGAUAAUUCUUAUCAAUACUCUAUGGGCAUUGAUUGCAUGCGAUCAAUCUAA